UUUCGACACUCGCAAACAGGCAGCCUGGCGCAGGACCAACAACUUCGCCCCGGACACGAACCCACCAGGCACGCGCCAACCGCCGGUUUCUGGUUUUUGUGCGGACACGGCAUUUUAGUAUAACUACGCAGGGAAGGCUUACUUUGCAACGUUUCCGUACGAGUAACGACAGCUCACAUCCAACACAAUGGUGCACAUCCCACGACACGAACGCCUCCACCAGAGGCGCAACGCGCUCGCUGCCGUCAAUGACAAUGCCGAAGGACACCAGCUGCAGGCCCGCGCCACGGUCGUCGUCACUCAGUUUGUGACGCAGCAGCCCCCCGAGGGUGCUCAGGUCAUCGGCUGGACCACCGUCACCGCCAACGGCCCGCCACCAGCCAAUGUCCAGACUUCCACCCCCAAGCCCAACAAUGCCCAGAACCCGCAGACAAAGUCGCAGGGUUUCGCGGCGGCGGCUGAUGCUGGCUCCACGAUCGCCAUGGUUGGACCGGCCGUGAGCAACCCUGAAUCUCUCGUGCCCACCAAGACCGCGGGGCUCGACAGCACCUUGGCUCUUGCCACCAACCUUCCCAGCACGACACCUGCUGUUUUUGGCGGAGCUAGCAACGGAGUUGUUGGCAGCACCGCCACUACCUCUGCACAUGCGACUCCUAGCACCAGCAACGUGACGAACAGCGAGGCCGCCACCAGCAACGAGACCAGCGCCGGAGCCAAGGCUGGUAUUGCCUUUGGUGUCCUGGGUGGUCUGUUGGCCCUCGGCCUGCUGAUCUUCCUCAUCAUCAACAAGCGGAAGAAGAAGCAGAAUGAGCAGCAGCAGCAACAACAACAGCAACAGGCAGACAACGAGAAGUCUGGCGGUCAGUACGGUCGUCGUCCGAUCUCGGGUGCUUCGCUCGCCUCGAUGAACUCCACCUUCACCUCGCGCACGAGCCCGAACGCGCCGCAGUUGAGCCUGAGACCCGUCACCGAGUUCAUGCCCACUUUCGCCGAGCGCCGCUCCAGCAAGGGCGCCCAUCUCGCCUUGACCGUCUCUCCGGAUGCCAACAACGAGAAGGCCGCCGGCGGCAGCUUGUGGGAGCGCCCAGGCACCAACCACAGCCACGGUCAUGAGAACCCUUUCGACGACCGUCACGCCCCACGCGCCGUCACGCCCACUGGCGCCAUGCCCUCGCCCAACCCAUUCGAUGCUCCUGAAAACGUCGUGGGCGUCGCCACCUCUAGCUACUCGCCUCCCAGAGCCACAGCUGCCGCGCCUGUUGCAGCUGGUGCCGGCCUUGCCCGCAAGGCAUCGACGCGCCAGGAGGCUCCUCCUCCUCUCGACUUGACCAGGCCCUUCGCUCAAGGCGGCCCCAUCCCUCCCAGCCCUGCCGGCACCGAGUUCAGCAUGCAUUCAGUCGGUCCUGGCCAGUCUCCUGGGCCCUCGCAAAGCGCCGCCGCGAUUGCCGCGGACGGUGGCCCAGCCGGCUCAGCAGUCCACCGUGUCCAGCUUGACUUUGCCCCCAGCCUGGAAGACGAGCUGGAAGUUCGUGCUGGCCAGCUUGUUCGCAUGCUCCACGAGUACGACGAUGGCUGGGCGCUGUGCAUCAAGCUCGACCGCUCUGUCCAGGGUGUUGUCCCACGAACCUGCCUGUCUACACGCCCUGUCAAGCCUCGUCCCGCUCCUGGUCCUCGCCCCGGCCCUCCUGUGAACCCCAACGGCCAACGUGGACCCCGUGGUCCUCCUGGUCCUGGCCAGCGGCCCAUGACUCCUCAAGGCCGCCCCAUGACUCCCCAAGGCGGCCCUGGAUACGGACGUCCUGAGUCUCCCGCCAUGCGCCAGAUGCGCCCUCAGUCUCCGGCCCAUGGUCGUCCAAUGAGCCCCAAUGGCAUGGCUCCCAGAAACGGCCCCCCGGGCGUCAGCCCCAUGAACCCUCAGGCUUCAGUCGGCAGGAAGCCCGUCCCCGGCCAGGCGUACUAGCAAGAUCGCGCAAACCCAGUCUUUAAAAAAUUAAAAC